CGGGGCCAGGAGGAAGAUGGCGGCGCCCGUGGCUGCGGCGGAGCCCGGGGCUUCGGGAGCGUCUCAGCUCCCUGUGUGUCUGUUGGUGUUGGGAAUGGCGGGUUCCGGGAAAACCACCUUUGUACAGAGGCUCACGGGACACCUGCAUAGACAAAGCUCUCCACCUUACGUGAUCAACUUGGACCCAGCUGUACACGAAGUUCCCUUUCCUGCCAAUAUCGAUAUUCGUGACACUGUGAAGUAUAAAGAAGUAAUGAAACAAUAUGGUCUUGGGCCCAACGGUGGCAUAGUGACGUCUCUCAAUCUCUUUGCUACCAGGUUUGAUCAGGUCAUGAAAUUUAUUGAGAAGGCUCAGAACACAUCUAAAUAUGUCUUAAUCGACACACCUGGACAGAUUGAGGUAUUCACCUGGUCUGCUUCUGGGACAAUCAUUACUGAGGCCCUGGCAUCUUCAUUCCCAACAGUUGUCAUCUAUGUAAUGGACACAUCAAGAAGUACUAAUCCAGUGACCUUCAUGUCAAAUAUGCUGUAUGCCUGCAGCAUCUUGUACAAAACCAAACUGCCUUUCAUUGUGGUCAUGAACAAAACUGACAUCAUUGAUCACAGCUUUGCAGUGGAAUGGAUGCAGGAUUUUGAGGCUUUCCAAGAUGCCUUGAAUCAAGAAACUACAUACGUCAGUAACCUGACUCGUUCAAUGAGCCUGGUAUUAGAUGAGUUUUACAGCUCACUCAGGGUGGUGGGUGUCUCUGCUGUUGUGGGCACUGGCUUCGAUGAACUCUUUGUGCAAGUCACCAGUGCUGCAGAAGAAUAUGAAAGGGAGUAUCGUCCUGAAUAUGAACGUCUGAAGAAAUCAUUGGCCAGUGCACAGAGUGAACAGCAGAAAGAACAACUGGACCGCCUUCGGAAAGAUAUGGGCUCUAUAGCCUUGGACACAGGCACUGCCAAAGAGAGCGUAUCUCCUGCAUUGGACCCCUCUGACUUAAUCCUGACUCGAGGAACCUUGGAUGAAGAGGAUGAGGAAGCUGACAGUGAUACUGAUGACAUUGACCACAGAGUUACAGAGGAAAGCCAUGAAGAGCCAGCAUUUCAGAAUUUUAUGCAAGAAUCAAUGGCACAGUACUGGAAGAGAAACAACAAAUAGAAGAUCUUAGGAAACUUCAAUUGAUUCUAAAGUCCCACAUUCUAGAAUUCCAUGUGAAGAAACUUUUCUUAUCUGAUUCAGGGCUAGGAGGAAGAACAGUUUUCUAAAGAAUAGCAGAAAUUCUCUUUUUACAGAAUCUUAUGACUCAGAUGAAGUCAGGAAUAGAUGGUUCUUGGAGCUGGCAGGUAGAUGUCAAGUCUGCUUUGGCCUUUCAUUUAUAUUUAUGCAAGGAAGGAUAUACUGGCUGCUUUUGGAAGCUAAUAUCCCUUCAAGCCUAAGUUUUAUCAUUUGACCUUACGUACUUCUGCUGGUAAUGGAAUAUAGAGAGAACUUACCAUCACUUCAGAUCUUAGCCUCUACUUCUCCAGCAUCAUGUCCUCAACUUAUAACCUGAGUUGUUCUUGUAGCAGAAAGGGAGAGGGGACACAUGAGCUUGUCCAGGGUAUCAGUGGAGUCUCCUUAGCAACCAGUGUUAUGAAAUAUGUCUCACAUUAAGUAGCUCAUUAGAGGGCACCGUGUUAUUGAAGAAAGUGGGCAGAACAUAAGAUUUCUGAAUACGAAUACUGUUUAAAUGGUAACUUGGAUAAAGAGUUUUUAAUUACUAUUUUAUUCUAAGUCUGCCUGCCUUUCAUGAUUUCAAAUUAGAAAAUUAUAUAAUAAAUAGAUUCCCUUGUGUUCAAAAGAGGCUUAAAGUCACAUGUCUAAACCUGUCUUAUAAGGAGGUGAUAUUUACUGAAGAUUCCCUUGUACCCAUAACUAGAAACCAGGCACAGAGCCAGGCCGUUUGUAUUGUACUUUGAAGUUAACGCAAAGUAUCCUUGGUGAUUUAUUUAAAUGCCAUGGAUUUCAGUCAGGUGCACAUUCCAUACAUAACAACCAUUAUUAUGGUUUGUCUUGGCUAGUCUGUACUCUUACUCAUUGGUUCUCAGAGCACACUCUGUGGACCAAAAGCAUCAGUAUCAGCUGGGAAAUUGUUAAAGACAUCUCUCAAAACCUACUGAACUGGAAGCUCUGGGAGUGGGGCCCAGCAACUCGUUAAUAAGCCCUCCAAGUGAUUCUCAUGCACAAGAGUUUGAAAAACACCUCUCCAACUCAGCCUAUGAUAAUUUCAGGCCCAGUGAAUCAGGUACCAAUCCUCAUAUGAUUUACUUUAUGAGAAUAUCCUAAUUUUGACCAUGUCAUGACUGUUCUCAAUUUAAAUAUUCCAAAGCAAUAAAAGUGUCUUAUUUUACCAUUAACUACUAAUUUCAAUAUUCUGUACCUAGUGGGAAACAUCGGUCUAAAAAUUUGGUUCUUUCAGGAGAAACCAUAAUAAAACAGUCUUGAUUUUUUUCUCUAUA